UAAAUCAACAAAAAUACUCUGUGAGUACCAAAGACGGAUAAAGAGGUCUUCAAACUUGAACGAAAGACCGUGUGCUUAUACAAAAGGUGAGGCUCAUCACGUCCAAAACAGAAGUUGUUCUACAGGCAUCAUAAAUAAUGUGACUACCGUUUCAAAACCCAAGAAAACUACCAAAUCUGACUGUGUAGUUAGCGACAAAAACAACAAGGUUACUCCUAAACUGAACCGCUGCCUGGCUUGCGGCGACACGGCGAAAAACCCAACAGAGAAGAAGAAAAGUAAUGUCUUUAUUAGCAUGAACGGUGUAAAAAACUCUGGCGUACAACAAUACUUUCGAAACAAGAAUUUCCGACAAUCUUCGGCGUCUGUAUACGGUGCUGAAAGCCUAAAAGUCUCUAAUCUUAACACCAUAAAAGAAUCUGAGGAAAAUAUAGAAAGAACUGCUUCAGAUGUUUUUACCUCAGAGGAUGAUGAGGGUAAAACAGCAUCAGACAUAAAGGAGCUAAAAAAGUUUAGACAAGAUAACUAUUUUGAGUGCCACUCCGCGGCCGCCAAACUGAAAAACCUGGAAGAUCACAGGUGCGUUUAUAGAUUUUACCUCAACGAACGCCUAUUCCCUGUACCUAUAAGCGCUGACUACAAUAAUAUGAUACGCUGCACCGAAUGCCACCUACCUCUGGAGGGAGAUAAGCAUAUAAAUGGGACCAUACAAGCUAAGGUUAAAAUCAACGGACAGUUACAAGAUAUAAUGCUGAUGUUACCUGCGAGAAAGUCUCUCAUAAUACAGGAGAGAAGGAAGGAGAAGGUGGAAAGGAGAGAAGACGAUCCUCUAUACUUUGGUAUAGUCCGACUGGGCUACGGAGAUCCAGUGUUCAGGAGCUAUCCAAGUGACUCCCUUGCGCUGAGGUAUCAGAAGGGUUACCAGGAUCUCAUGAAUAGGAGGAAGUAUGAGUAUGAACGUGUUAAAGAAGAGGAGGUUCUAGUGAUAUGAAAGGCUUUAGGACUAGGGGACAA